CUCUCGGAGAAAAAAUUAUAACCUCAUCAACCUUUCAAAGUCCAAACCUAGUCUCUCUCUCUCUCUCUCUCUCUCACAGGCAUCUCUGUCUUGAAAACCUUUACUAUGAAGAAAUUGUACCGCAGAGGGACCGUCCACCCGUCACCGCCGAUCACCUCCGACGACCUGUCCUUCCUUCCAGCAACGAUCCUAACCCUCACGGCGGUUCUCUCGCCCGAGGACCGAGAAGUGCUGGCCUACCUCCUCUUCUGCUCCAACAGUUCCAUCAACUUUAACGGCCGCCAGAGGAGCACCGCCGCCCAGAGAGGAACCGGCGCCGAUCACCCUCCUCAGUUCAACUGCAACUGUUUCCGGUGCUACAAGAGCUACUGGGUCAGGUGGGACUCGUCGCCGAAUCGCCAAGCGAUACACGAAAUCAUUGAUGCGUUCGAGGCGGAGCUCAUGGCGCAGAGUAAGAAGGGGAAGGGUAGGAAGGAGAGGAGGAAGAGAGGGUGCAACAGCGAGUCGGGUGAGUUGAAGCGGUCGGAGGCGAGUUCCGGGAAGGACGAGUCGGGCGAGUUGGGUGGAGAGAGUAGCAACAGUGGGCAUGAGGGUGGUGGUGGUGAUGGGGAGGAAGGCUUGGAUAGAGGGUCGGUGAGAAAGCUUGUGAGUUUCAUUGGGGAGAGGAUUUGGGGUGUUUGGAGCCAAUGAAUUGGUGGGGGAAAGUGAAGGAAAACCAGAGAGAAGAAAAAAAAAAAAAAAAAGGUGGGUUUUUUGUUUUUCUAUAUAUCAUCUCCCUCUUAAUUUUUGUUUUUUUUUUUUAAUUUUUCUCUUUUGUAUAUUACCACCCUUUUACAAUGUAAAAAUGGGUAGUGUAAUUUUGGAUCAUCGAUCAAGAGCUGGUUUUGUUCGAACAAAGACAUCCAAAUUGAUGUUCCUAUAAUUAUUGUGGUUUUCUAUCUUUUUCUGUGAAUAUUGAAUAAGUUUAGGAGGAAGCUUUUAUCUGUAAAUGGCUUUUUGUAUAACUAUUUGGACUAAUUCCAUCAAAUAUGGAAAGCUUUUGGUUGGAAGAUCA